CCCAGAUACACGGAGACCACUUGAGUCGACCAUUGAACGGGUGACUAUAAAAGGCCGGUGCUUCGGAGAAGUCUUCAGAGCACCAAAGCGAAAGCGGUAAAGUAACCAACUGCAGUUAGUUAUCCUUUCGAGCUGCCUGUAGUUUUCAAUGAAUUUUUCAAGCCUCCUUUUGCUGGCCCUUGUGGCAGUAAUCGCAGACUCGCACAGCAUCGCUCAGCCGCCUGCAGACCCACAGGAGCCGUGCAGCACCACCACUCUCAAGCCACCGUGUACACCAACACCAGAGCCACCAUGUACCACAACAACAACAACGACUCCACCACCAUGUACACCAACGCCUGAGCCACCAUGUACCACAACAACAACAACGACUCCACCACCUUGUACACCAACACCUCCGCCACCACCACCUCCACCACCGUGUACACCAACGCCUGAGCCACCAUGUACCACAACAACAACAACGACUCCACCACCUUGUACACCAACGCCUGAGCCACCAUGUACCACAACAACAACAACGACUCCACCACCUUGUACUCCAACACCUCCGCCACCACCACCUCCACCACCGUGUACACCAACGCCUGAGCCACCAUGUACCACAACAACAACAACGACUCCACCACCUUGUACACCAACGCCUCAGCCACCAUGUACCACAACAACAACAACGACUCCACCACCUUGUACACCAACGCCUGAGCCACCAUGUACCACAACAACAACGACUCCACCACCUUGUACACCAACGCCUGAGCCACCAUGUACCACAACAACAACAACGACUCCACCACCUUGUACUCCAACACCUCCGCCACCGUGUACACCAACACCUGAGCCACCAUGUACCACAACAACAACGACUCCACCACCUUGUACUCCAACACCUCCGCCACCACCACCUCCACCACCGUGUACACCAACGCCUGAGCCACCAUGUACCACAACAACAACAACGACUCCACCACCUUGUACCCCAAAACCUCCGCCACCGUGCACACCAACACCAGAGCCACCAUGCACCACAACAACAACGCCUCCACCGUGUACACGAACAACUCCACCACCGUGUACGCCAACACCUCCGCCCUGUACCACAACUACAACGACUCCACCACCUUGUACAAGAACACCUCCGCCACCACCGUGUACAACAACACCACCGUGUACUACAACAACAACAACAUGUUCCACAACAACAACAACACCCUGUGAAACGUCUCCCAUAACACCUGCCAGCCUGAUCGAGAAGCUCAUUCCCAAGCCUCUGUUGGAUCUCUUCUCCGGCUCCAGCGUCACCACAACUGGAGACGCCGAGUGCAGCGGAAGAGCUGACGGCAGCUAUCUGCAGGACGAGAAGCACUGCCGCCGCUACUACGAGUGCCGCAGCGGACACCGAGUGCUGCACAAGUGCAGAGCCGGACAGUGGUUCGACCUGGAGGAAGGAAAGUGCCGCCGUCGCAGCCUGGUGCUGAAUUGUCCCGCCAAGCGCAACUGAAGACGAAAGGAUCAGCGGAUAUGAUACUUGCAACAUGUAUAUCAACGUGUAUCCUAACCAACAGUAAUCCACUCAAUAAAUAGCAAUCUAAUCAAACAU